AUGGAGCACGCCCAUUUCACCAAUUCUAAAAAACCGGUGUCCAUUCAGGAUAAGGAUGAGAAGACCCCUUUCUUUGUGUACUAUCUGGCUUGCUUUGCUACCAUUGGAGGUCUUCUGUUUGGAUAUGAUACAGGAAUCGUAUCCGGGUCAAUGCUUUUGAUCAAAGAUUACUUCGAUCUCAGUACCAUCUGGCAGGAGCUUAUUGUGAGCGCCACAGUUGGAGCCGCUGCCAUCUUCUCUUUGCUGGCUGGGUUUAUGUGUGACAUUCUGGGGCGAAAGAUCACCAUCAUGAUCGCCUCUGUUGUCUUCGUGGUGGGCGCCGUGGUUAUGGGUGCGGCACAGAGCAAAGAGAUGCUGCUGAUCGGUCGUGUCAUUGUGGGUAUUGGAAUUGGGUUCGCAUCCAUGACAGUCCCUGUGUACGUGGCGGAAGCUGCGCCCCCAGCCAUUCGUGGUCGUCUGGUGACCUUGAACCAGUUAUUUAUCACCAUUGGUAUCCUCAUCUCCAGUAUUAUCGCUGGCGCCUUCAGCACGAUGAAGGAGGACGGUUGGAGGUAUAUGCUGGCUUUGGCUGGCGUGCCCGCUAUCAUUCAGUUCAUCGGCUUCCUGUACCUCCCGGAGUCUCCUCGUUGGUUAGUGGUCAAAGGACGGGAGGAGCAGGCGAUCAAAGUACUGCAACGGAUCAGAGACAAACAGGACGUCCAGGCAGAGAUAGAUGAUAUAAAAGAAGUUCUAGAGCUGGACAAGAAGAAUGAAGGGAUCGCAAUUGGCCGAGUGUUUAGCACACCUCAUGUGAGGAAAGCGUUGUUUGUUGGCUGCGGCCUGCAAGUGUUCCAGCAGCUGUGUGGUAUCAACACAGUUAUCUACUACAGCGCAACGAUUCUCAAGAUGGCUGGUUUCCCGCCAGAAGACGCUAUCUGGCUAGUACUGGUACCCAACAGUAUCAACUUCCUCUCCACCAUCGUUGGAGUUGCCCUGGUAGAGAGACUGGGGAGAAAGAAGCUAAUGAUCAUCAGUUUUGUAGGUGUUCUGAUAGCUUUAAUUGUACUGGCUGUGGGGUUCCAGUUGUCUGCAAACUUUUCCCCGGACAUCAAGUAUAAUUCAACAGACAUCAACAACCCACUGUAUGCAAACGACAGCUGCUACACCCGGCUGUUCUCCAACUGUGAGGCUUGCAUUGAAGACUCCGACUGUGGGUUCUGUUUCACUGGAUCUGGAGAGCAUGGCAAAUGUCUUCAUGUUCUGGACGGUGAUGAAGACAAGUACUCGGACAUUGGCAGCUGUAACAAAACUAACAAAGAACUUCUUGGAAUGAAGUUCUCCCAUGAAUACUGUCCGACAGACUACACCUGGAUGGCCGUAUUUGGUCUGGCUCUUUUUGUGAUGGCGUUUGCUCCAGGUUUAGGCCCAAUGCCAUGGACCAUCAACUCAGAGAUCUAUCCCAUGUGGGCCAGAAGCACAGGGAACUCCAUCGCCACCGGAUGUAACUGGAUUUUUAAUUUACUGGUCUCGUUGUUUUUCUUGACACUGACAGAAGCCAUCACAAAAUACG